AUGUCGGGAGGUGCUCCUCAGAGAGUCACGUGGGUGUGUGCACAUGUGUUCCACCGCGAUGGCCGAGAGACCCUCAGCACCAUUUCUCUCGCUUCGCUCCUGUUGGGGAGAAAAGAGGGAUGGGGGUUACGUCUGUGCAGACGUGCCUGCCCUCUCACACCCUCUCUCUUUCGCCCAUUUCUGCUGAGAAACCUUCGACACGAAUUUUUGUUUCUCUUCACUGGCUCGUAUGUGUGCGCAUGUGUCUUCUCUCUUGUUGUUUCUCCCCAAACCAAUCCCACUCUUUUUCUCCACCUCUUUUCCCCUUCUGAUUCUUGUCGUUGCUCUUUACAUCUUUCCUGUCACUUCACCCUCUACGCUGUACACAGGAAGACACCAGUUUUGCCUCUCCGUAUCAACCCCCCUCUCUCUCUCUCAGCUGUCCCCCCCCUGCGUCUGAUUUGGUGCCUCCUUCUCUCACAGUCAACAAUAUCUCAUCUCUGCGUUCACACCUUUACCCAUGCACACACGCCUAGAGAGAACAUGCGAAUAAACGAUGCGGCACGUGGUUUACAUCUCGUAAGCCUACGCGGACGCUCAUCUGUGUCCUGAUUAUGGGGCGAGCGCUACUCGUCUCCCUCUACAUCGGCGUCACCUUCCACUCGAAGAAGAUUCUGACGACAGUGUGCGGGGGAGGGCCACUACAGGUUUUGGCUUAGCACCUGCGUCACUAUCCAUGUCAUGAUGUCGGAGAGGCAGACGCGGAGGACUGCGCUCAUCUUGUGCGUCCCGUUCCGCCUCAGCGCCACCAUCUCUUUCUUCAACGUCGUUUGGCAGAAAGUUUCGUGUGGUGUGGCGGUCCUCUACGACUUCCGCCGCCCGUGGACGAAUUUCUUCAGCUGCAACGCCUUCUUGGCCCUCCUGGAGCUUUUGGGCUGAUAUGUGGCGACUCAUCGGAGUCGUCGUGUGGACUCUAGUCUCCUCAAGCGAGUUCCUUUCUUACCACAAGUGCGGCUUCUGGCCCUACGUCUUCCUCUGCUUUAUGCUGCAGGCGAUGGUGACAACGCUCGCGCAGCGCAAUCGGCUCAACACGGUCCUCUACCCUCCCCAGCAAGACGUCACCGCCUCGUUACCGCGCGCAAGCUUGUUUGUAAUGUGGGAGGGCGAUUCCAUUGCUGCCGUUGGUGUCGUCUGCUGCUACACCCCUGCCACUCCCACAUCCGGGUUAGCGGCUCAUUCAACUUUUCGGGCAUGUUGGAGUGAGUCUUUGCCACGUGCAACCUCCUCUUCGACGGCUCGGCUUGGUUUGGCGUGGAGCAGAACGGGAUGGUGGCCGAGUGGGUCGCCAAGUUUCCACCGGAAGCGUUGAACUCAUCACGUCCACCACGAUGGCAGCGUGACGUCGCCGCUGCAGGUCAACGUGGCGAAAGAUGGCAACAGGGCCGGACGCGCUUGUAGCUGCAGCGAUGCCUUCGUCAAGGUCCAGGUGUCCAACGAGGGUGACUACACGAUGCCAGGCUGUGACUGCGACGCUGCUGCCGGGGAGGCGAUGUCGCUCCUCACCCCCCCUCGCCACGCACCACCGCGUGCGAGCUCUUCCUCGACCACGACAUCGUUCUUCACUUCAGUUUUUGCAGUGUGCCCGUGUCGUCCCCAUCUUUGUGGAUGUGCGACCUUUACUGAGCUCACGCGCCCCAUUCGAAAUGGGGGAGAGGUGCACCUUGUCCAGCCCAUGUACUUCACGCCACUCAUCUCCAUAUCACUGCCGCAGGAGGUGUGCUCGGUGCUGGUGCUAGGUGCUCCGUGUCUCUUGCGCAUCACCUCCUCCUGUUGAUAAGUAAUAGGGCCAUGCCCCCUAUGCGCGGACCUGGCUGAAGCCGUUGCACACGCCGGUUGGCCUCAGUUAUCGUACGUUGCCCAUGCAUAUCUUGUUCUUCACGCUGGCGUCGCUUUCACACUUCCACCGGCUCCUCCGCCAGGAAUCCUGGCAAGAAGAUUCGGGUGGUUGCGAUGGGUCCGCAACUCCUCUUGCUGGCAGUCUGCACGCUCCUUCUGUACCCCUUGACAGUGACGCUCAACCGCCUAGGGGCGGAGCUAAAUGAAGACAGUGGCCGGAUGAUGAUGACGGUACCGCCUGGGUUGGCUCUCCGCAUGCUUCUCCGGGUGUACCAUGCGAGUGUACCACCCUUCUUCACAGACCCUUCCCACGGCAAUGUCUGCAGCAUCUUGGUGGGACUGGGCUUCACCACUGACGUCUACCGUCGUGCCAUGAUGGCCAACCCGCUGAAGGAGGAGGUGAAUUGGUAGUGCAACACGCCGUCUGUCGCACAGCUGAGCGCCACGACACUACUGAUGCGUGGGUCGCUUUGUGGCAGCAAUGAUGAGAAAAUCGGGGAUUUGCCGGUGAGCACCGCGAGCGGCAGCCGCGGCACCUUCCCCACCGACAGUGAUGGCAAGCAGGCCGCCGACGGUAUCCACAUCCGCGAUGUCCACCUCAGUCUGGGCCAGAUCGACGUGGUGAAGGAGAGCACUGUAUCGGCUAUCGCCCCGCUUUACACGCCACCGUCGCCGGUGCUGCUUGGCGGCUUGUGUGGGUGCAUGGCAAGCAUCGGUAUUACAUUGCUUUACGGCGCCAACUACAUUCCACGGCUGUUUGCGGUGGAGCCUCUUCCAGUAGUCAUUGUCAUCGCAGGCGUCUUCAGGGUUGGAGUGUACUGCUUCACGGGUGCUCUUGCUCACACGCUAGUACUGCUUUGCCCCAGGCGCCGCCCCGACGAGGUGUGACGCGCAUUUUGCGUUGUCUUUGGCGGCACCUGGGCCUCGCUUCGAGGCGUUGUUGAACCUCAGCACUACGCUGACGCUGUUUGUUCCCCAGCAGACAGGCUUCACGCACGUGGUGCCGCAGGUCCGCUACCCAGUGGCAAUGGAUACGCUGAGGGCGCGAGUGAAUGUGAAGUAAGGGGUGUGUGUGUGUGUGUGUGCCCGGUACAUUGUGGGGUAGUGAGCCUCUGGCCUUCAUGGGCGGCCUCGACUUCGCCUUUUUUGCAUUGGCGUGUUCUCCCCCCCUUUGUGACUGACGUGGCGCGGGUGCACCAACGCGACCGCCCCGCUUCGUACAGAUCGCGGAGGCGAUGGGGACGGCAUCUGUUAUUAGCCGCAAGUGCAUCUUCUUCAUGUCCAAUUGGGCAGACAUGGCUCAUGUGCAAGGCCUUCUUCCGCACCCUCUCCAAGCGCUGCACCUCGUAGCCGUUUGUGGUGAUGGGGUGGCUGGCGCGUGAAAAAGUCACGGCUUCUCAUCUUGACGCGUGUUGGCACAGUGUACCGCGCCAUGUGGCGUGUGGGACAUCGGGGAAGCAGCGCUCCCUCUAGCUGAUGGGUAUCACCCUCAUCCUCUUCUCUGUUGCGUGGGUGCUUCUCAGACGGGCUACCGUUGGUGUCGCCAGCGUCCCAUUCCCAACAAAGAGGAAGGGCGGCCCUCUUUAGUGACCGAAAAGGAGUUGCGGCGCCUGCACAAGGUGCUCAGUGAGCUGCGCAAGGCGCGCCGCAGCAUCACGGAACCGCGUACAAGGGGAGUUCGAGAUGACCUGCAAGCAGCGCUAUGAGGAGGCGAUGGAGAGUAUAGACAAGAGCACCACUUAGUCGAAGGACAGCGUUCCGGUUGACCCCAAGUUUGACCUAACGCAUCUCAGGCGCGUGGACCGCUUUGACAUCUGGGAGGCUGCUAAGGCAAUGCCUUUCUUUUCCGGGGCGAUCUGGACGGACCAUUUCAGGAAUAGACACCUACAACGUCGACUCCUUCUCCCGCAUUCUGGAGGAGCUGGGCAAGACGGAGGUCGGUGUGAUUGGCGUUACUGGAGAAUGACAGCAGGCGUCUCACGAACGGCAACCGCGGCAUGGCCGACUAUAUUUUCUACCGCCUAGGAUUCCGCUAUACGAACUGCGACCACACCACCAUUGACAACACCUACGGCUGCGCUCUCAUCACCCGUUAUCCCAUCUUGAGCGUGCGCCGCUACGCCAUCCCAUCUCCGCUCGGCGAGAUGGCAUGUGUCAUCUACGAUGUCCUCGAUGUGUACGGUCUGCUGAUGCACAUAUACAUCAGCCGCUUCAGCAACACGGAGCACUGGGUGGACGGCUUGCUGCGGUCCCAAUUUCUUAGGUGACUCGUCCUAUCGAAUUCGGGGCCGUUUAUAUGGCUCGGCUAUCUUGUUGCUCACCCCACCAUAAAGGAACGGUAUCGGAAGAACCCAGGCCCGAAGGCCCCGGGCAAGUUGUAAGACGCUGGGCUGAUGUACCGGCAGUAUCCGUGGACGCGGCUAUGUGAUCGCGGCGGCUGCGAGGAGGAGCUAGCGGUGGCUACAAACCAGCCUAUCAAGAGCAGAGGCUUUAAUAUCGAGGCAAAGUUCCAGUACGUUGAGUAUCUCGAGGAAGGCAUGCACGUGGACAGCUACUUUUGCCGUCCUUCAUCCACCAAACCGCCGCACUACCUCUGCUACAAGGACACGAGCCGUUGCGCGAACGCACACCCCUGGCUUGAGUUGAUGGACUGGUGUUGCCAGUACUGCCUCUACAAGACCGGUGCUACGGCAGACGAGGCAGUAUGCGAUGCGGAGAAGCUGUAGCUUCACCAGGUGCGCCUGCUCGAUUGGUGGUGUGCCGUCGACUACGGGGUGGAGGUGCUGUCUGACACGAAAACUCAGGGCAUGCAGCUCGCGUUCGAGAAGCGCAUGCAAAGUAAGAAGAUCGGACAUGGUGUGCUGGGAUUGGAAAAGCUGAGUGCUGCGGAGGGACGCUCAGCAGGGACGGUCCCACGUAUGUGUUGUCACUACCCUGACCCCUGCAGCGCACCCAGUGCACUCGCACAAGACUUCGCUUCUUCCCCCCUCUGCUCGAGAUGUUUUCGCCGUCUCUCCCUGAACUCCUUCUUUCGUCCUCCGUGAAGCGCUUUGCGCUCGCUUAGUGCGCGUGUCGAGGCGUUCCUUGGUAGGGAUGUGA